AUGAAAAUCCUAACUUGUGUGGAGCAAAAGAUGGCUUCGGAGAUCAAGAUUGAAGUGAUCCACAAGGAAACAAUUAAACCACUCUCUCCAACUCCUGACCACCUUAAAAGCUUGAGCCUCUCUGUUUUUGAUCAGUAUCAACCUGAAAUUUAUAUCCCACUACUUUUCUUCUAUCCCAACAAAAAUAACAGCGACGACGGCCAGGUCAAAAAUAUCGAUCAUCCUUCUUUGUUUGCCGAAAGAUCCAACCUACUAAAGAAAUCACUGUCUGAAGCCCUCACUCGAUUCUACCCCUUCGCCGGAGAAUUUAAAUAUAAUGUUUCAAUCAGCUGCAGUGACCGUGGGGCUGCAUUUCUUGAAGCCCAAGUGAACUGUCCCGUAUCGAGGAUUUUGGAAAACCCCGAUUUUGAGAUCCUAAAACGGUUGCUUCCAACUGAUUGUAUGUCCACACAAGCUGAGACAGGAUAUCUUGUGCUAGUCCAGGCCAACUUAUUUGAAUGUGGCGGAUUGGCAAUCGGGGUCAGCAUUCACCAUAAAGCUGCCGAUGCUUUUACAGCCGCCACAUUCAUCAAAUGUUGGGCUGCACUCGCUCUUGGCUCGGCCAGUAGUACUACUCACCACGUACUGCUUCCCGAGGAAUUCGGUGUUGCAGCUUCUCUUGCCCCAUCCCUUGAUUCCUUGGACUCACUAGGAGCUCCUGUGACAUUUUCUACGGAGAGACACGCGACGAGGAGAUUUGUGUUUGAUGCUUCGAAAAUUUCUGCUCUCAAGUCCAAGGCUGCUAGCGCCACGGUGCCAAACCCAACACGUGUUGAAGUAGCAUCGGCAGUCAUUUGGAAAAACCUAAUACAAGCAUCAAGAUCGAAGUUUGGUCUUAUGAAGCCAUCCAUGUGGUGUGCAACCGUGAACAUGCGCAAAAGAUGGGGGCAGGCUGUGACAGAAAACAUACGGGGGAAUUUCGUGUGGUACGCUGCAGCAUUGAUCACAGCAGAGAGCGAAGUAGAACUCGAGAGCUUGGUUGGUAAACUCAGGAAGGGGAUUGAGGAAUAUAAGGAAAAGCAUCCAAAUGGAGUCAGUGGUGAGGAAGUAUGUCAAACCGUCAAAAGGUCUGCGGGUCUUUUGUUGAGCGGAGAUAUAGAAAUGUAUACUUGCAGCAGCUGGUGCAGGUUUCCGUUGUAUGAAACCAAUUUCGGAUGGGGAAAGCCAUCAUGGGCAACGUCUCAACCAUCCAAUGGUUUAAUUUGUUUGAGUGACACGAGAGAUGGUGAUGGCGUAGAAGCGUCCUUGUCAUUGAAAGAAGACGUCAUGGCCAAAAUCGAAAGCAGCGACGACCUGCUCUCGUAUGCUUCUAUGAAUCCGACCGUCGUUUGAUUAGUAUCAUCAUCAUCUUUAAUUCGUUUUGAUGCUUGCAUACCUUGUGUGUGUGUGUGCGCGUGUGUUUUUUUUCUCCCACCUUGUUGUGUUGUUUUUGAACAAAAGUGUUGGCAUAUUUUCCAAAGAACAAGCAAAUGUAACGAGUCGCAGGCAACCAGAUUUGUCAAGCCA